UACUUAUUGUGAAUUAAACAAUAUUAAAGAAGGAAAUGCUAUAUACAAGUAUUUUAUAUUAUUGAUAUCUAGACGCUCUUUUGUAUUUAUUUGUUUGCAUCGAAAUUAUAUUUGCAAUGAAUAUAACAAACGGCGUAAAUGUUUCAGUAGAAACAACUUGUGAAAAUCAAAUUCAAGAAAUAACAUACGACGGCACAGAAAUUUACCAACCUCCUCCAACUUUAUCCGAAACAUUAACCCGCUGUGCUGCCCGGAUAGAUUUUAGUAAAACAUCAUUAGAUGACUUAAAAAAAGAAGAUAAAUCAGUUGAAGAUGAGGCAAAAGAUUCAUCACAAUUUCAACCCAGUCUUUGGCCAUGGGACUCAGUACGAAACAAACUAAAUGAUGCUUUUACUGAAAUUUGCGUUCUAUCUGACGUAAUUUCUAUAGCCAAAGAUAAACGUUAUUUAGUUUUGGACCCAGUACCGGAAGAUCCCGACGAGGUAAAACCUAUCGUGCAAGUUUAUAGUCGUAAAAAAGCUUUAGGUCAAGCAGCACAAGUUCUUUUGAGUGGUGCUGAAAGACUGAGAAACUCCCACAGCGAACAACGCAAUCGCAACGUAACAGACUUUCAUAUAGAAUUGUUGCGGUUAAGACAGAAUUGGCGACUAAAAAAAGUUUCAAAUGCGAUUAUUGGAGAUUUAAGUUAUCGAACAGCUGGAUCAAAAUACGGAAUGAGCGGUACAUUUGAGGUUACUAAGGCCGAAGAUUUAGCUGAAGAGGAUGCGGCUGCUGGUAGCACAGGUAGUGGAAAUAAUGGUUUACCGACUCAAUCGCCAAAAACCACAUCAUCCCUGCGCGUAAUCGUACCAGCUGAGCUGCAAGGAGUAGCAUAUAUAAAAGUUAUAACUCAGAAAGACCAGGAAGAUUUAUGUACUGCGAAUGUAAAUUUGAUGGGACACGGACCGAAUAUAACACAACAGGCCGGUGUGUGGCAGAAGACAUUGGAAUUCGCGCAAAAUGUACUUUUUUGUAAAGAACUUUUCAGUCAACUUGCGCGAGAGGCAAUUCAAUUACAAGCUCCCAUACCACAUGUUGUAAUUGGUAAUCAAAUUCGUGCCACUUUACUACCAGGGAUACAGCUUAUCAUCUCACUUUGUCAUUCUACAACGUUCGAUUCAAGCCAACCAGGACCUAUUAACGAUCAUGAUCAUGUACUUGAACACUCGUUGCAUCAACUUUUACGUGAAGUGCAUCACAAGAAUUCACAUCAUCCUUUUCCCCAUCCCACCAGUGGCCCAUUAGGACCUAGUAAGAAGCGUAUGCUCGCUGGCCCGAAAGCGGCAGAUCGUGAAAGUUUAUUAGAAAUGACAAAAUCACAAACGAUACUGGAACAAAUAAUAGCCCAAGCUCAACAUAUAUUUAUGCGAAAGCGCACACAAUAUGUUUUGGACACUUUGGCACGGGAUGUAAAGGACCCUCAGAUCGUGUCGCAUUGGAAUGCGAUGAACAGUCCUAUAAUGUCAUGUGUGAAAAUCAAUAUUGUAACACACGGAUACGACACAAUUAACCGGACUUCGUUGGUAAUACAUGUUAAAGAGCGUUCACUAAAAUGCAUUUGCCGGGAUGGCCGUGUAAUGCAUCUCUCUUAUGAACCACAAGAAUUGCGUGACCUCAUCCUGUGUCAGAUCAAUUCACAUCAAAUAUCGUGUCUUCUGAAUUUGGCACGAUGUAUGGCUUGGACGGUACUAUCAAACAGCAAUAAUCUCGGAAUUGGAAAGGUGGAACCACUAGGCAAUGCUAGUUCAUGUUUAUUGGCAUCGCCAAAUGGUGAUCGCAUGAUUGCGGUACAAAUACGUUGUGACCCACAAAUUGAUGUCAAAGUUUAUAUUGCCCGUAGUCCACGUCCAGAUUUUAUUCCAAAUCCACUAGUACCAGAAAAAUUCUGGGAAAAUUUGGGAGGCCAUUUUAAGGAGGUGCGUUUCGAUAAAAUCGAAGGCAAGAGUUUCCUCAAUAAAAUGGAGUUUGUAAUGGCCGCUCUUACUAGUAACUCUGUCUGAAAUUGCUGAUAGAAGCUGACAACAUAACAACAAACUUGACACGUAACUAAGGCAAACAAAUAAUUUGCUAAGCGCUCUAAGAAUGUUAGCAAAGUUGAACAAAGGAGUAACUAACAUUAAUAGUAUGUACAUACACAUUUCUCGUAAC